AUGGAAGAUAACGACGGAAUCCGGCGGCCUAAUUGCCGUCUGCCGGAACGCCUUUUCGCUUUCGGUGAAGAACCCACCGGCGUAAGGGUCACUCCCUAUCACAAAGCAGGCGCAAUUAGGAGUAUACUUGACGCUCUCGAUCCUGAGGAAAUCGAGCACAUCAGGGCUUCUCCCUUCUCCAGAUUAAUUGAGAUCGCCGAUAAACCAAGUUUCUCCGGCAGGUUUGGUCGAUAUAUUAUAUCGAGACAACUCAAAGUGUUUAAGAAGCAUGAGGCUUGGUUCCUCUUCGCCGGUAAACCGAUUAGGUUUUCAAUUAGGGAGUUUGCUCUGGUGACCGGGCUGAACUGUAGCAAAUUUCCGAAACGAUGCAAGAGGAAAGCGAAGAACUUCAUGGAAGAUGUUGGGGAGAAACCAUAUUGGGGCGAACUGUUUGGAUCGCUAAAAGAGGUACCCGUAUCAUCUGUUGUUAAGAUGUUGGGGAAGAAAACAGUGGUUGACAGAGAGACAAGGUUGAAGUAUGCAUAUCUCUCCUUACUCUCUUCUGUUAUUCUACCAACCACACAUUCACCUCGGAUAUCACAAGAAGCCGCAGAGAUGAUCAAGGAUUUUGAUGCGUUUUUUGCUUAUCCGUGGGGGAGGGUCUCAUUCGAGAUGUUAAUGAGUAGCAUAAAGGAGAGAAAGGAAGUCGCUCUCUAUCAGAACACGAUUGCUCUUAAGGGAUUUGUGCUUGCUCUUCAACUGGUAAUUGUUGAAUGUGUGCCUGCGCUAACCGAAGUUGUGCAGGAUGGAAGUUCUUCUGGAUCAGACGGUGAGGCAGGGGGUGAUGAUGAUCCGUUACAGCUUGACAAAGACGGGAGGAAAAAUAUCAGUCCUGGUCACGCACGCGACACGGAUGCUGCAGGGAAGGCAUUAGUUGAGUCCAUUAUGCUAGAUGGGAAUGGGGAGAUAACCCUCGCUGCAGAUUACCAAUGGUCAGAUGACGAAGAGGAUGAUGCCGUCUCUAAUAUGGUGGGUCUAGUCGAGCAGCGAUUUGGUUUCAGAAAUGAUUGUUUUGUUGGUGGGGCAACAAAAGAGGAUGUCACGCGGCUGCGUCAAGAGUCAAAAGCUGAAAUGCUAAACCGAAAGACUGUGAAAUCCAAGGCGGGUACAUCUUCUCAGGUCCAAGAUGGCGUUGACUUAGAUCUCUUGGCCUCGAUGGUAAGAGAUAAACUUAAGGACGACUUCCAACUCUUACAUGGGAGCGUAGCAAACGUUCAGGAAUCAGCAAAUGACUUUACCGAAACAAUUCUUGUCAAUAUCAACGACGUCUUUGGAAUCGUACAAGAUACUGCUCGCCAGAUAAAAACGAUGUCUGAAGAGAUGCGUAGGUUGUCGGCCACAUUACCUGUUCCUCCUGUGCAGAGCCAAGUCCCCCGUCCCACAGUUGUGAAUGCGGGGACUCAAACAAUGACUGACUCCACUUCUAUUAUUUCAGAUGCAAUCAUGUUUGCUAACCGGUCUUCUACUCUUCCUACUGCGCUAACGUUUUUAAGGUACAGGAGCAUAACAUUGGUGAACCACCCAAUACUCGUCCCUCAAGUUGUGGAGGACACUAACACAUCUGUCAAUCAGUUGAUUAACAAAACUGGCCUAGAGGACCGCCAUGCAGAACAGUGUGUACAUCCAUGCGAUGAGUCUGACCGCUUACGUCCUGCAAACACAGACAAAGAACAGGAAUCUAAUCUUGAUCCAUCAUUGCUUUUCCCCAACCCAACAUUCUCUCUUGGCCUUACGCAAGAGGCUCGUGUGUAUCCUUCUACCAACGCCAAUGUUUCAGUCCACAAUGAGGAGGAUCUUUGUCAUGAAGACAAUGUAGAUGCAACACUCGGAGAAGCUGGAAAUGUGUGUAGGAAAAGCAAAAGACAAAAGGUGCCAACGAAGUUGCUCAUGGGGGAAUACGAAUGUGAUAAAGGGUUUCAGAUCCGUGCUACAAAGGCUGUUGUUGAUUGCAUCUACGAGGGAGGGAAUGUUGAUUACAAGGCAAAGUUUACUGCUUUACUGGAGAAAAUGAAUACCCCAUUUGGACACAUUCAGAGCUCCGAUCUGUACGACAUUGUUCAGCGCGCAACUCAAGUAUCUGCUAAGCUGGUGGAUGUUCUUAUGUUCCACACAAGUUCAUUGUUUCACUCUCCAUCAUCUCACAAACAACAGUUCAGUUCUGUUUUUAUGGACACACAGUUCGUGUCUCACUUCACCAAAUUGUAUACCAAGUUCUCAAAGGUGGCGAAGAAAGAUAGCUACAAGUUUAGUAGUAAUGUUGUUGACAUGUUUCUGCAGCUUCCGGCUUCCGUUGAUGCGGUUCGUUUCUAUUUCCCAUUCUAUCUGGACAAGAAAUACUGGGUUGGCAUAUGUGUCGAUUGCACUACAUGGAGCGUCACUGUCUUGGACUGCAACAUUGAACUCAGGACAGAGUACAUGAUGAAUAAAGAAGUAAGACCACUGGCUUUGAUGUUUCCAUACUUUCUGAAACAAUUGGGGAGAGAAGUAGGAUCGCGAGACUGCAAACCAAUGGCAAUAGAUAGGCCCCGGAACAUCCCCCAGCAAAAAGAAGUAACACACUCAGCUGUUUCAUCUGUGAUAUUCAUCCAAGCACAUGCGGUGGGUGGGGUUGAUGCUUGCAAAUGCAUUACGCCGGAUGUCCUGGACAGUAUGGUGGAGAUGCUACUGGUGACUCUUUACGAAGCAUCCGUUGGUCCCCUUUGA